AUACAGUGCCAUAACUGUGGUACCAACACCACCCCACUCUGGAGACGAAACGAAGAAGGCCAGACUAUAUGCAACGCAUGCGGUCUUUACUACAAACUACACAGCGUUCAACGACCAAUUGCAAUGAAAAAGACUACAAUCAAAAGACGCAAACGG